AUGAACAAAGAAAAACUUAUAGAAGAAGUGCGAAGAUAUCCCUAUCUGUAUGAUGCCAGAGACGCAAAAUACGCAGAUUCUGUCAAAAGGGAUCAAACAUGGAAAUCUAUUGCUACAACGUUGUCUGCAACAGAAUCAGAGUGCAAGAAAACAUGGGCAAACUUAAGAGAAAGCUAUAGAAGGGCAGUUGUUAAGAAACGCACAAAAAGUGGUCAGGCUGCUAUCUCAUCAAAAAAAUGGCAAUUUGAAGAAGAGAUGUCUUUUUUGUUGUCGCAUAUGAAACAAACAAAAACAAUUUCAUCAUUAACGGAAGAUGAUAGUGAGGUUGACGAUAAUUUUUAUGUUAACGAAUUGUUGUCAAAUCACGAUGAUUCUUCCAUGUCAUCGAUUGACCCAGAACUUAAUAUCACCAACCGACCAGAAUCUUCUUCAACAAAUAUGUCAGCAAACUAUCCUUUGUUUCCGAACAUACCUAAAAGAAAGCGAUUCAAAGGGAUCCAAGAAUGUACCUCAGCAUCAGCUCAACUUUUACAAUAUUUACUUAAAGAAAAAGAGACAAAUAAGGAUGACGAGAUUGACAAGUUUUUUUCGAGAAUUGCAACAACAGUAAAAAAAUUAAAUCGUUACAGCCAAUCUGUUCUGAUAUCUAGAAUAUUCAACAUGGUGUCUGAAUUUGAAUUACAAGAAAUCCAAGAACAAACUAAUUUCUAUGCUGGUUCUUCACGACACAAUACUGAUAUCGAAAGUCCUUCGGGUUAUAACACCUACAAUACAGGACUUUCGGGUUGUAACACUCACAAUAUAGGAUACCCGCAAUGCAAGAUCUUCGGAUUAUAA